AUGGCCGAAGAUUUCAUUCGGGAUGAUGGAAGAAAAAGAAAAUUAGAAGAUAUAGGGAGUUGUUAUUUUGAUAUGCUGGUAGCAGAAUCCUUCUUUUUAAAUCCUACAGAAGAUUUUUAUCAAAUAGAUGGUGACCUCCAUGAGUUUGCUGAAUCUGUUUCUUGUGGAGAAUGUCUGAUAAUAAAUGAAGGUGAGGCCAUAGCAGAUUUCCUGUACCGGUUAACGGAUUCUCUCCGCCAUUUUUCAUUACAUUGUGAAAAUUAUUUGCCGGAAACAGCUAAUCUUCUUGCUGGAUGUAAAGGAUUGCGAACAUUCCUUCUGCACCUUAGAGAUAAAGGAAGGAAUCCUAAUGUUAAAAUUCCUGAUAAUAAACUUACUAGUUUCGAAUGCUUACACGUGUUGGAUAUAAGUUGUCCUUCUAUCAUUGAAGUUCCAGCUUCUAUUGGUGGUUUGAAGCACCUCCGAUACCUUAACCUCUCCAAGUCCAGAAUUGAAAAGUUGCCCAAGACAAUCUGUGAUCUUCACAGUUUGCAUAUAUUGAUGCUCCAUGGUUGUAAAAACCUCAAGAACUUACCCUGUUUGGGGGAUCUUCGUAGCUUGAAAAAGCUUUUGUUAGACAAAAAUCACCUUUUAGACUCCUUUCCACCAGGAAUUGGGCGAUUAACCAUGCUUGAGACAUUUUCUUGCCCAUUUGUUGUGGGCAAAGAAGAGGGAGAAAAUAUUGGAGUGUUGAAGAACUUGAAUAACCUUCGAGGAUCACUAUGCAUCUCUAACCUCGAAAACAUCUUGAAUUCGGAAGAGGCUAAAGAAGCUGCACUCAAUAAUAAACAGUUUCUUCGGCAAUUGAAGUUGAAGUGGAGAGAAGAACCCACGGGACAGUGUAGGUUUGAACAUGAACAAGUUCUUCAAGCCCUCCAACCAAAUAAUAAUCUGGAAACCUUGAAAAUAUUAGGUUAUGGUGGUGUUAGCUUCCCACAUGAGAUGGCCAAAGACUGUUUUGGAAAACUUAAGAAAGUUUCCUUGAGAAAUUGCAAAAGUUGCCCAUAUCUUCCUGCCCUGUGGCGUCUCCCAAUGCUUGAGACCCUUUGUAUAAGGGGAAUGAAUCAAAUGGUGAAGUUGAACAAUGACUCUUUUCUUGGAAGUGGAAGUGGAAAUAGGCUUUCAUCACUUGAGAUACUUAAAGUUGAAGAAAUGCCUUAUUUGAAAAGUUGUGACUUGCGCCCUUUUCCCAAGCUUAAUCAACUUACAUUCAAGGACUGUCCCAUGCUAGAGGAAAUUAUAGAGCUUCCAAUGCUCAUGAACUGCUCUCUAAAUAUUAAAGACUGUCCACUACUAAUUGGAUGGAUGGAUCAACAGCAAGGUUGGCAGAAAGAAGUGCAAGAUGAUGGAAGCUUGAUCUACCAAAAGGAAGAGCAAGAAGAUGAAUACUUGGUCUAG